AUGUAUCAUCACAGCCUUCGUCAAGAUGUCUUUAUAAAGGAAGAGUACCAUUAUUUAAACGUUCCUAAAGUUGGAACAUUCACAGUGUAUGACAGCCUUGACUGCACCUUUGAAUGCCUCGGCAAUCCUUCCUGUUUGUCCUUCAACCUGGCAGCUUACAAAGGAGCAGAUGGAAAGUUGCGGUGUGAGUUGUUAUCCUCAGAAAAGCACAGCAAUCCUGAGGAGUAUAAAAGAAACGAGAGUUUUCAUCACUUUUCCAUCAAGGUGGGGAAAAAUCUUUACAUAGAGUUUAUUAAAGUAAGAUAUAUAUUUUGAUAUCCCAGUCUAUGUGAUUUUUAAUAACCUGUCACGAAUACGAAUCGACAUAAAAGUGACUACUGCACGAUAACAAGUCGGGGUUAUUCAGUCGAAUGUCACUUUCUCAUUUUUUUCUGCAACCAACACUUUUACGCAAAACAAAAUUACCUUAAUUAUAUGGCAUUUGACAUCGACCUUUUUUUAAAUUAUUUCACGGACUCCAUGCAUGUCAUCACCUUGCCAAAACGGAGGCACCUGUGUAGCGAACUACAAGCAUCACUCGUUUGACUACCGUUGCAAAGAAGGAUUUUAUGGAGAAUUUUGCGAAAAAGGUAAUUGAUAUUCAGACCGGGGAGCCCGUUCAAGAUAGGACAACCAAAAGUUAGCGGGUUUACCUAAAAUUUAUCUGGGAACAUUUUUAAGGCGUUGUAACGUGUACGUCAACAUUGAUGUUACCAUGGCAACUGAGUUUUGACAGCCAUGUGUUUCAAAAUUUGCAUUUUCUUUAAAAAAUAGGUUUUAUUUCUUUUUUUUACUGAUUGAAUUAUUACGUUAUCUACUUCUUUUUUUUUCAGUUGCCAAGUCAUGCCAAGAGGUUUAUAAUCAGCUCACAGAAAAGUGAGCAAACCUAUGCAUAGUAAUUUAAUUGAUGAGGAUAGAUCAGUUAAAGUCCGGGGGAUCAUUCGGGGUGAGUCAGUACUUUGUUUAUGAACCACAAAAACAGCCAAAAAAUCACUCGUCAAGCCUCAAAACCGAAAUACAAUUUUUGUUGCAGAGAAUGUAGAUAUCACUUAUUAAUUGUUAGAAUUUGUAUCUUGGCUGAUGGAUUCUAUUUCAGCAUUUGUUCUCCAUCCUGGAAACUUAAGGUUAUUAGAGACCUAACUCGCAAAAACUGUUGAAUUUUUCAAACAAGUGAUUGGUACUGUUCAGAUAAUAGAAACCAUAAACUAUGAACACCACCAUCCUGCACUGAAAGCCCUCCACCAAAAAAAGUUGUUGAUAAAAUGCAGUUGAACGCCUCCCUUUCUCUUAAUACGAACACCUGUAUAAAACGAAUGGUUCGUUUGUACCGACAAAAAGUUCAGAUAUUUCAGUGUUCAUAAGUUAACCUGGUUAAUAUGGAAAACGAACACUUUUCUGUGUCCUAGUCUCAAACUGUCAUAUAAUAAUUACCGUAAACUCCCCCGGGAGGUCCUCAAUAAAGUUUUAUACCGGGAAGCUCAGCCCUGGGUCCAACCCCUUACCUUUUACGCCUGUCAUUUUUGCAGAAAAGGUACUCCUUUCGUAUCCCAUUCUAUCCCUUUUGGAAAUUUAGAUUGGACUGAGACUGUACUGAAUUCCAUUCAUUUAUUUUUGUAAGAAAGAGCGAACCUUUUUUUUUUUUACAACCAGUUAAAGUACAUUCCAUUUUCUCUCUCCGACAGUUGGGAGCUGGAAAAAUUAAAAUGAGAUUUCAUUUUGUACAGGUUGAACGUGACUCAGUUGGUCACUCUCCUCCUUGACUCCAAACUAGUUUCAGUUCUCUGUCACUUUGGAAAUUUUGGAUGAGGAGAUGGAGGAUGGACACCGGUCAUGAAGAUGGACGGCAACAAGGUAAGACAUUUGUGUACGUUUUCCCUUAGUUUUGCGACGAGAGUGGAAAAAAAUGUGUUAUUAAUAAUUAAAUAGAUGCAGGUUUGCCGCUGUCAGCGGUAAUUUUCAAUUAUCCUAGCCUGCAAAUACAGCCCUUUCUCCUUGCUCCUCGUCGCUAGGGACGUUUCAUCAGGAGGAACGUCUGCACCUCAGCGACAGAAAUUCCAUACUAAUGACGUAAAAUUGCAAAAUCUGGGGGAGCAUAACCCCAGCCUCCAAGUUUGAGGCGCCUUCGGCGCUCUAACUUUUCUUCUCGUUGGUACAUGCUAAGUCCUUGGACCUGACAGAUGUAAGUAUGAAGAACACCUCUUAGCUUCUGGAAUAUCUCGGUCAGCAGCAGAGGUCAUCCGCCCUUCCUGUCAGACGAUGUGAAGGUUUUCAUCAAAACGCACUCUGAAGCCUGCUUUCUGUACUUGCGAAUACGUGAGAGUUAAAGAUAAUUGUAUUCAAUUCGGCAUUUUUCAAUCGCAUCAAUGAUUAAAGAGUGCAGUAUUUGUUUACUUUUUUUUCUAUCGGUGGCCAUUAACGCCAUUUCGCCUGCUGUGGCUAAUUUCAUUUNUCCGACAGUUGGGAGCUGGAAAAAUUAAAAUGAGAUUUCAUUUUGUACAGGUUGAACGUGACUCAGUUGGUCACUCUCCUCCUUGACUCCAAACUAGUUUCAGUUCUCUGUCACUUUGGAAAUUUUGGAUGA